AUGGUGAUAAAGGUAAUUAUUACUGCUGCUGCUAUUAUUGCUCCUACUGUGGCAGUUCCUGUUACUGCUGCUACUGUGGCAGUUCCUGUUACUGCUCCUACUGUGGCAGUUCCUGUUACUGCUGCUACUGUGGCAGUUCCUGUUACUGCUCCUACUGUGGCAGUUCCUGUUACUGCUCCUACUGUGGCAGUUCCUGUUACUGCUCCUACUGUGGCAGUUCCUGUUACUGCUCCUACUGUGGCAGUUCCUGUUACUGCUCCUACUGUGGCAGUUCCUGUUACUGCUCCUACUGUGGCAGUUCCUGUUACUGCUCCUACUGUGGCAGUUCCUGUUACUGCUCCUACUGUGGCAGUUCCUGUUACUGCUCCUACUGUGACAGUUCCUGUUACUGCUCCUACUGUGGCAGUUCCUGUUACUGCUCCUACUGUGGCAGUUCCUGUUACUGCUCCUACUGUGGCAGUUCCUGUUGCUGCUCCUACUGUGGCAGUUCCUGUUACUGCUUCUACUGUGGCAGUUCCUGUUACUGCUCCUACUGUGGCAGUGCCUGUUACUGCUCCUACUGUGGCAGUGCCUGUUACUGCUCCUACUGUGGCAGUUCCUGUUGCUGCUCCUACUGUGGCAGUUCCUGUUGCUGCUCCUACUGUGGCAGUUCCUAUGACUGCUCCUACUGUGGCAGUUCCUGUUACUGCUGCUACUGUGGGAGUUCUUAUUACUGCUGCUACUGUGGCAGUUGGUAUUACAGCUUACAGUAACCUGUGUUGCCUCUGGGAGGACUAUGAAGCUGCUGUGUCAUCCCUCUCCGUUUCCUCUUAG